AUGUCACGUACAGCAGAAAUAACAACCAACCAACGCAACUUCCUUCACUAUGCACUUCAAAAUAAUUUACGAUUAAACCCACCUACAAACCGACCAUUCCUAGCUCAUCGACCAAUAUCCAUAUAUUUAUCCCCUACGGAAUAUGGCUACGUCGAAGUAAGUUGGGGUAAAACAAAGCUAAGUGUACGAGUCACGGCACAAAUUGUGAAACCGUACCCCGAUAGACCAUUUGAAGGAAUCUUCACCAUAAAUAGCGAAAUUUCACCUCAAGCAAGUUUAAAAUUCGAUACGACGCGGGCACAACAACAAGAUGAAACAUUGGUAUCACGAAUUUUGGAGAAAGCAAUUCGUCGGUCAAAUGCCGUUGAUUUGGAAAGUUUGUGUAUUAUUGCUGGUGAUAAAGUUUGGGAAUUAGUCGUGGAUUUAAAUUUUUGGAAUUAUGAUGGAAAUUUAAUUGAUGUGGGAUGUUUUGCAACAAUGUUGAGCUUGUUGCAUUUUCGUAAACCGGACAUCUCAAUCAAUGGAGAUGAGAUUGUGGUACAUGAUGAAAAUGAACGACAACCAGUUAGUCUAAGCAUUUUACAUGUGCCUAUUUGUCUUACAUUUUCAUUUUAUAAUUUAUCAUCACAAGAAAUGAACAUCAAGGGAGGAGGGGCUACUGGAGCUACUGGAGCUAAUGAUGAUACUGGUGUGUAUCAAGACGGUCCCGAUAAUGACGAAGAAAUUUGUUUGUUUGAUGCUGAUGCAUUGGAAGAAAGUUUACGACAAGGUAGUUUAACGAUUACAUUGAAUAAGAAUAGGGAGGUUAUUCAAUUGAGUAAAAAUGGCGGUGUCCCCAUCGAUGCUCAACAAUUGUUGGAUUUAUGUUUUGAAUCAAUGAAAAUUGUUGAUGAAUUGACUCAAUUGAUCAAGACUGAAAUUAAACAACAUGAAGAAAUGAGAUAUAAAAGAGAGAAUUUCAAGAUGUUGGAAUCAAGUGCAAGUAGGUGA